CCUCACUCUCAUCCCUUCUUCACUCGACACACUCGAAACAGCAACCAAGCCAUCUGCAAGGAGACCAUUCCUUUUGCAUACGGGUCAUGGGCAACUCUGCGUCGCGCGUUGAGAAGACGCUGGGCCAAGCCGUCCCCGAGCACGAGCGAUACUUUGGCCUGGAGAACUUUGGCAAUACGUGCUACUGCAACUCCGUGCUCCAGGCGCUGUACUUUUGCCAGCCAUUCCGAGACGGCAUCCGAGAGCGCAUCCAGUCGCAUCUGGCAGCGACCGGCGGUGGGUUGACGCCGACGCCGACGACGAGCACGGCAAUGAUGACGACAGGGCCAAUUGGACUGGCGACAAACUCGCCGACGACAACCAGCCAGGCUGCCGUUGCGCCGGUGCCACAAGAGGAAACACUCAUGUCGUGCCUGUGCGACUUGUUCGGAUCGAUCGCCGCGCAAAAGCGACGGACGGGCGUCAUGGCGCCACGCAAAUUCGUGGCGAGGCUGCGCAAAGAGAACGAGCUCUUCCGAGGGUACAUGCACCAAGACGCGCACGAGUUUUUCAACUAUUUGGUCAAUACGCUGGUAGAGCUGCUUCAGCGCGAAAUCAAGGACGCUCGGCAGCUGCAGCAGGCGUCGCGGAAAUCGUCCGCUGCGAGUGGUUCAGCUGCUGCUGCUGCGGCCCCAACCUCGUCGAGUGCACCGACUGCAAAGGAAAUCAAAACGUGGGUGCACGACAUUUUCGAAGGCACUCUGACCAACGAGACCAAGUGCCUGACGUGCGAGUCAGUCAGCAGCAAGGACGAAUCGUUCCUCGAUCUGAGCAUCGACAUCGAACAGCAUUCGUCCAUCACAAGCUGCUUGAGGAACUUUUCGGCAACCGAGACGCUGCAGUCCGACCAAAAGUACUUUUGUGAGCAGUGUUGCGCGCUUCAAGAAGCGCAAAAGCGCAUGCGCGUCAAGAAACUCCCAAAAGUGCUCGCCCUUCAUCUCAAGCGCUUCAAGUACAUUGAGGAACUCCAGCGGUAUCGCAAGCUCCACCACCGCGUUGCGUUUCCUCUCGAAUUGCGGCUGUUUGAGACGUCAGACGAGGACUCUGCCUUUUACGACCUGGUUUCGAUCGUUGUUCAUGUUGGAAGUGGGCCAAACAGGGGCCACUACAUUGCGAUUGUCAAGAGUCACGGCUAUUGGCUGUCGUUCGAUGACGAUUAUGUUGAUCUGGUGGAGGAGAGCAAUUUGCAGCUUUAUUUCGGCAGCACGCUCGACCGGAACGACCAACAAAGUUCAGAAUGCGGCUACAUUUUGUUCUAUGAAGCGCGCAGCGUGGACAAGAACAGUGGUGCCGCCCCAACAGCAGAAGCAGCCGCACAAGCCACGGUGUCAGCACCACCGUCGGCUUCGAAGCAAUCGGCUCCGUUUCCCUCCGAACCGCAACAAGAAGGAAUUGCAGUGUAAAAUUAUAAUCAAUGUACAUUUCAACAAACACUAGAAAAAACAAAUCCCCCAGGGAAAGCCGGAACGCUGAGCGCCGGUGAGAAUCAUAGGGAAUCUUGCUGAGGGAAGGAGACUUGACGAU